AUGGGGAAGACGAGCCAGUCGCGAGGCGGGGGAGGAGGAGGAGCACGGGUGGAGGCGCCCGCGUGCGCGAGAGCCUGCCUCCUUUUGCCUGCGCGCGGCUCUGGUCCGCGCCGAGGCCGCCGGGGCGGCGGGCCCGAUGCCGGGAUCGGCCACGCUCGCCGGGGAGGCCCAGUGAGCGAACUCGUCGGUGGGCGGACUACAAGGGAGAAGGAGGAGGAGGAGGAGGAGGAGGAGGAGGAGGAGGAAGGAGAAGAAGACCAGGAGGUGGGAGCAGGGCUGACGACGCCGAUGCUGACGAUGAAGCACAGCCAGCUCCCCCCCCCCCCUAAAGUCUGGGAGCGCCCCAGGGUCUGA